AUGGGAAGUCAGAGAAGUCUGGUUUCUGCAGCGCCGUGCCGUCGCCGAGCGCCUCCUCCUCCUCCUCCUCCUCCUCCUCCUCUUCCUCCUCCCCCCGAACGGCUUUCACACACCACCACCGGCCCGUCAUUACCGGGCCCCGAGCGAGCCCCCCGCCCCCCCCAGCCUGCACUUCUCCUCGUCUCCCAUCCUGCAGCAGCCCGGCUCCUACUUCUCCCACCGGCCAUCAGGUAUCACCCGCAGGAGACGCUCAAGGAGUUCGUCCAGCUGGUCUGUCCUGACUCCGCCCAGCAGGCCGGACAGGUGGGCUUCCUCAACCCUAACGGCGGCUCACAGGGAAAAGUCCACAAUCCCUUCCUGCCGACGCCCAUGCUGCCCCCCCCUCCCCCGCCCCCGAUGGCUCGGCCCGUCCCGCUGCCCGUCGACGCCAAGCCCCCCCCCACGUCCUCCAGUGAGGGGGGAGGCAACUCGCCCACCUCGCCCACCUACUCCACCCCCAGUACGUCUCCAGCUCAGCGGUUUGUCAGCGUCGGACCCAGAGAUCCCGGCUUCAACAUCCCUCAGCAACCACAGUGGUACCUGGGUUAAAGGCUCCAGAGGCUCCACCCCCACCCGACUCCUCCGGCUCCUCCUCCUUUGACCUUUGACCCCAGCUGCGACCGACAGACAGAGAGCCCGUCUGGCCCCGCCCACCGACCCACCCACCUCCCUCCCACCUCGCCCCCAUGCUGCGGCUGACUCCGCCCCCACCAGCGCCUCACAGACUCGGCAGCAUCAGCAUGGCUACUCCCCCGUCACACCUGGAGCUAAGCCCCGCCCCCUCCAGCACAUACACACUCUGUACAAUCCCCCUCAUGUCAACAUAUAGUGCCAGACCCCCCCCACCACCUGCCCCCUCCCCCCUUCAAAAUUGGGGGAAUGAGCCUUUAACGUUUCUUUCGGGGGGAAACGUCGACCGGACUGAACUGAAUCACCGAGCUUCCCUCCACACACACACACACACACACACACACACACACACACACACACACAGCUUCCUCUGCAGUGUGUGUGUGCAUCAAAGAGACUUGCAGCGGUUCAACACACCCUCCCCUCACACACACACACACACACACACACACACACACACACACACAACCUCCCCCUUGUUGCUGAUUGGACGGGGUUGGUUUGGU